AACAAGAGAAGCGCGCGGCCCGCCCGUCCCGUCGAGGAGCACUCACUAUGCAUAAAAGCAACCAGACCAGCAAAAGGGUAUGUCUGUCCGCCGCACGUCGACAAUUAACACACACUGAUGUGUUCCUGUCUGUCUGUCUUGCUGUCUGUCUGUCUCUUAUGCAAUCAUGCACCCGCCAACAAAGACUCGUGAUUAGCCCCAUCCUGCUGAGUCAAUGCACUGUCCAUCUGCCCCUCCUCCGCUGUCGUCAUCGUGUCCAUCGCCCGCACACACGGCGCGACAGCCUUGCUUUCAGACUCGCCCCCCGCACCCGCACCCGCAUCCGCACCCGGCCCCUCCCCUGCCACUUCCGCCCCGUUCGCACUCACACACGUCCCCAAUGCCGUCUUGUGAUGGCCAUGGUGCCCUGGCGAAGGUGGCUGGUGGGAGAACGACAAGUUGCUGCGAGAUACGGGCUGGUGCUGGUGCCGGUGCUGGUGCUGGUGCGAUGUCCGUCGCCGGCGCUUGGUCCUGUUGGGUGAGAGCCCCGCCCCCCACUUCUUCUUGAGAGGCGAUGGUGUGUGCAGUGCGGUGGCAUGUAGAGGGGUGCCGGGGUUGUGAGGAGUGGAGGUCGUGCAGGGCUGCAUGGAUUGGGGGUGCUGCAUGGCGGUGUUGGUGAGCUUCUUGCCGGCCGGCAGGAGCGGGAGCUUGAAUUUGGGCUCGGCGAGUGUGUAUGGAGAGACGAUGAUGGGGUACAUCUCCAUGUGGUGCUGGUUGAUGAUCCGCUCACUGGCCUCUGUGGGCCGCCACUGGAGACCCUCGGCACGCUUGGUUGCCGCCUUGCGGGCCUCCCCUGCAUGCAGGUCGCCGCCCCUCUCCGAUGUCAGACUGAAGUACCUGCACACACCACACCGCCGUACAGAGAUGGAUGGAUGGAUGGAUGAUGGGUGAUGAGACAACGUGCCGUUUGUCGACUCUGACUGACUGACCGUAUGUUUGCUUUGUUAUUGUGUCCCCAGAAGCCGUGCCUCUUCUUGGCCAGCUCGCUCACCCCCGUGCGAGAACUCGAACCGAAUCGCCAACCCUGCACACACACACACAACACAGGCCAGCAAUGCAUGUGUGUCUCUCUCUCGUGGGGCCUUUGUGACUCACCUUGAGAAUGUUGCUAUCAUGCGGCCGCAUGCCGCCUGGCUCGUCGCUCUCGAAGAGGCCUCUCUCCUCGCCGGCUAUCUCAUGCUCAUUCUCAGCCAGCAUCUGCUCCAGCUCCUCACGCAUCACCAGAAGCUCGUCAGCCACCUUGCUCAGCGGCCUUAGGCCGUCCGACUCGUUGUUCAUCGGCUCAUCUGCGGGGGCGUCGCUGCCCGUGAUGGCCUCCUUUGUCUCCUCUGAUCCAGAGCCUUUGAUGGUGGUCGAAAUGUCACCGUUUUGCAACGCCUGUGUGGAGGCGUCAGAGGUGAUGGUGGGGGCGGCGGCGUCGACCAUCGCUGCUUUCUUUGCAGGGGGCAAGGACGAGUGAGGAAUCAGUCGAGAGAGAGAGAGCCGGCAUGGUUCUACACCAGAAAUAAUUC